AUGCCACCCAAAGCAGCCAAGGCUAAAGCGCAUGGCAAGGCAGCCGCAGGUGCUUCCAAGGUUGCUGCUAAAGCCAAAACAGCUCCAGCACCUCCGGACCCACCUCGAGCACCAGCACCAGCAGCACCAGCACCGGCUGCAAAGUUGUUGCCAGAGGAAGCAGAGUCCCUGAGCGCCAAGGCAGCUGAAGACCUCUUGGCAGGCAUUUCGCCUGAAGACCUGGCAGCCCUGGCUGACACAACCGAUGAGCUCGAGCAGCUCCCUGCUCGCCAGGCGCUUGAAUAUAUUGGAGACAGGGACCUCACUUGGGAAAAUGCCCAGAAGUCCCUGCGGACCGGAGGUCAGUUCCUCAAAGAAAUGUUGGAAAUGCAGGCUGGCGAGUUCAUUACUAAGCAGAGCUUCCAAAGGUUCCAAGAGCUUGGCAGCACUGACAUCUUUGCCUUGUGGGAAAAGAGCCGUGCUGCUUACUUGCUAGCUGUUUUCCUUCAGGCUUGCCUCCGUGAGGCUCGUGAUCGAUUAGGGCUGCCCGCCGCUCCGCCACCUCCUCCGCCACUGCCAGCUGAGCCUCCAGCAUGGCCACUUCUGAUCGACUUCAAGGAGUUGCCCUCUCAGAUAGCCGACGCGGUGCGCUGGAGCAAGACAGUGCUGGUGGUGUGUAACGGCCAUGCUCGAGAAACAGACACCUUCCUGACAUACUCUGCCUAUGUUCAGAUCGAUGCGAAGUGGGUUAUGGGAGAGACGAUGAUAAGAAAAACCAUGAGCGUUGACGACAUGCGUGAGGACCUGCGAAGGAAAGUGGUGAAUGCUAUGAAGCAUGGGCUACCAGUUCACAUUGCCAUGUCAAACACGGCUGUGGCCUUCAAAGACAAGUUCUGUGGGGAGCUGACAUUUCCUGACUCCGUGUUUAACCUGAGCCUAUUUAGAGGCAAUGCUGAUGGAGAAGCAGAGUACAAGAAGAUCGUCCGAGAAACUGAUCUUGAGGACUGGCCCGGCAGCUUUCCUGGUCGAAUGAAAGAAGGUUUCUUCAUUGUCGUCACUACGGACUUUGACCUUGAGUCAGCUCGAGAAUUCCUUCCCACGGCUUUGCCAUACUUCGAGCAGAUGGCUAUACUAGAAGUGGAUCCUGCGUCUUUUACUUGA